CGGGACCUUUGGAGCUAGCCAGUGUGUGUGCAAACUGUGUGAGGAGGGCUGUGGAGAGCGCUGGAAAGGCGGACUGAUGACAGCUGUCAGUGUGGACAAAAACACUACCAGUGUCUGAAGAGAAGCCGAAUGGCUCUCCCCUAAACCUCCUGGAGAAAAGAAACAACACUUUGGCAGUGCCGCGGGUUAUUUAAAGGUGUCGCCAAGGUAUUUACAUACAGCUCUGUGUAUUUUCUGGCCUCACACAUCAUUGGUGGAGCUACAGUUGAGGGAGCAACAUGGGGACACAAGGCUCUGGCAGAAAGCGUGCCCCUCUGAAAGAUCGGUUCUCAGCAGAGGAUGAGGCCUUGAGUAGUAUUGCCCGGGAGGCGGAGGCGAGGCUUGCAGCGAAGAGGGCGGCUCGAGCAGAGGCCAGGGAUAUUCGAAUGAGGGAACUUGAACGGCAGCAGAAAGAGGCUGACUCAGAAAAGGCCAGAUCCUCUAGUAGUAGUAGAUCCAGCAGCCGUCAUCGCCGGGGGCUGGAUGAUGAUGUCAUGUCAGUCCGCAGUUAUAGGUCAACCUCAUCGUCAGCAAAGCAUGACUUGGGGAGUCGAUCCAGUUCCCGUAGAAAAGAUGCCCUGUCCGAUGGCCUCUCUACUAGCUCCACCCUCAAGACUUCCCGCUCCACUAGUUCUGUGUACAAUGAUCUGCAUGGCCAUAAAAAGGCUUCAUCCAGCUCUUCGAAGAAGGACCUGCUGACUGGACUGUAUCAUGAUCAAAGGAACUACACCAGCCUAAUGAAGACCAAAGCACCGCCUCUUCCCUCCACUUCCACCUAUCAGCCUCGGGCCACCACUUCCUCGUCCUCCACCACUGGCACGGGGCUGUCUCGCAGCUACAGCAUGGCCUCGAUUUACGAUGACACCGGUCUUUAUGGCUCAGGGUACAGUUCAAAAGCUCCCUCUGAAUACAGCUGGUACUCCUCUGGAGCCAGCUCCACCCGCAGCAGCCCUGUGUCUUCCUCAGAUGAUGACACUGUCAGCAGCGUGUCCCAGGAGCGCUUCAGCAGAGGCCGCAGGGACAGUGUGUCGUCUGACUUCUCGGACAUUAGCGAGUCGGCUGCUGAUUAUUUCAGCCGCUCCAACCGAAGAGGCAGUAUUGUGUCUGACCUUGAUGAUUUGAGCAUUCCAGAUCUGGACGCUCUGGAUGAAAAGUGUGACAAGCAGUAUUCAGAUUUUAGUCGGUAUUUCUCUGCCUCUGUCUCUAUCCUUGUCAUUGUGUGUAUGUGUGUGUGUUGCGAGCAGUCGUCUGACUUCUCGGACAUUAGCGAGUCGGCUGCUGAUUAUUUCAGCCGCUCCAACCGAAGAGGCAGUAUUGUGUCUGACCUUGAUGAUUUGAGCAUUCCAGAUCUGGACGCUCUGGAUGAAAAGUGUGACAAGCAGUAUUCAGAUUUUAGUCGGCCCUCGUCCCGCUGUGCCACCCCAGGCCUCUCAGCAGCCACAUUGGCAUCGCUGGGUGGCACCUCGUCACGACGGGGCAGUGCAGACACAGGUAGCGCCUAUGACCCCGACACCAGCCUGAGUGAACUUAGGGAUAUCUAUGAACUAAAGGACCAGAUUCAGGAUGUAGAAGGGCGGUACAUGCAGGGGCUUAAAGAGCUGAAGGAGUCACUUGCAGAGGUGGAGGAGAAGUAUAAGAAAGCCAUGGUAUCGAACGCACAGCUGGACAACGACAAAGGCAACCUCAUCUAUCAAGUGGACACACUAAAGGACGUCAUAGAGGAGAUGGAGGAACAAAUGGCUGAGAUGAAGAGGGAGCUGGAAGAAAAGUCAAAGGAACUAGAAAGACAAAAGCACACAUGUACAGUCCUGCAGCAUAAACAAGAAGAACUGAAAGAGGGAAUCCGCCAGAGAGAUGAACUUAUAGAGGCCCUAGAGAGGCAGAAAGAGUACUUUGAUUGCAUUAGGAAUGAGAGGGAUGAGCUCAGAGAUGAGCUCGCUGACAUCAAGGGGAAGGCCAAAGCAGGAGAGAAACAUGGGCUGGUCAUUAUCCCAGACGGCACACCAAAUGGAGACGUCAACCAUGAGCCUCAGUCCUCAGGGAUCACUGUGGUCUCCCAGGAGGCCGCCCAGGUGCUAGAGUCUGCAGGAGAGGGCCCGCUGGAUGUGAGGCUACGGAAAUUGGCAGAGGAGAAAGAUGAACUGUUGGCUCAGAUCAGGAAGCUGAAGAAUCAGCUGGAGGAGGAGAGACAGAAACACUCAAAGAUGGACAGUGUAUUCACAGAUGGGGAGAAGAUGGAGAACGGCACAGACCUAAACAUUAUUGAGAUGCAGAGAGAUGCCAACAGACAGAUUAGUGAAUACAAAUUCAAGCUUUCUAAGGCAGAACAGGAAAUGGGUACAAUGGAACAAAAUAUUACCAGACUUGAAGGGCAAGUGUCCAGGUACAAAGCAUCAGCAGACAACUCAGAGAAAGUAGAAGACGAACUUAAAGCAGAAAAACGGAAACUUCAAAGAGAGCUGCGCACAGCUCUAGAUAAGAUAGAGGAGAUGGAGAUGACCAACAACCACCUAGUAAAGCGCCUUGAGAAGAUGAAGGCCAACAGGAACGCCCUUCUGUCACAGCAGUGAGGCAGGGCAGCAUCACCACAGAAGCCCUUAAACUCGCACCUCAAACCUCUGACUGCCAUACUGCGUCUGGAGCACAUUUCCAUUUUAGCUGUAACACUUUAAGAUUUGUAGCUAACCAAAAAAGCGUGUAGCACAGGCAAAAAAACUGAACUGUGUUUUUUUUUUUUUUAAACCGGAAGCAUUGCUUUUUUCUGGCAAGUGUUUGUUUUUGCUUUUUUGGGAGGAACAACUCAGAAACUUAACUAAUAAAACUACAAAGUUGCUGGGAGAUACAUCUGAGGAAAUUUCUCUAGUCACUACUUCAUUUUUUUCAGAGCUUUGUACUACAUCAUGUUAUCCAUGAGAUUUUUUUCUCUCUCUGGCCUGGGUGCUUGGCUGUACCUUGUUUUUUUUUGUUUUAUGAUAAGUUGCAUGAGUAUAAUGUUGCUUUUCACCCCUCACGGCUGCUCCGGCCCUGCACCUUCCCAGCUUCCCCUCACACAGUGAAGUGCCUUUUCACACUAGGAGACUGGGGGUGUGCACCGCUCAAUGAAACAAUAAUCGUUUUAACAGGUACAGAAUGAUAUUUAAAAUGGUGCAGUCAUUAUUUGAAAAUAUGUUGAACCAACUAUGUCUGCUGCGGUUCCAUUGAAAUUUUUCAAAUAUUUAAAAGAUUUCUUGAAAAUAAAUGUGUAAUUUACAGAA